UCCCCUACCCCAUGUGUGCCCGACACCGAACCCCAUCCGUUCAAUAGUAGCUGAACAUGAAAUAUUGGCCACGCCAUUCAUACCGCAGGAGUAUAUAAACCUAAGUGACUUGGAGAAGCAGAAAAGUUCUAAAGAUAAUUUUUGCGAGUUGCAUUAACUUUACAUCGUUCUGGGCAUUUUACUCGUGGGUAUAUUGUGGAAAGCCGUAGAACAAAGGCGGGUUCUGAUGAAAGCAAACAACUCUGGGCUUCAUCGUAAUCAACAAAGUGCCCUUCUCUAAAUUAAACAAAAAUGAAUUUAGACGCUCUUGGGUUCUUCACCUUGUGCCUGGCAUUUCUCUUCAUCAAGCCAGUAAUGAAUUCUUCAGAUGCUGACAGAGAGUGGCUGAAUAGGAUGAUCGAGUCUAUGGAGGUGAAGCCCACUGGUAGUCUGCAGUACCCUGCCAGGCGACAAUACAGAGUUGGUUCAAAUAUCAGUCCACCCAAUACUGCUUUAGAAAGGAUCCUCCAGACCCCGGAAAGCCUGAAAAACAGAGAAAGACCGGGAGAAAAGCGAGUUGGUGUGUGUUGCAACCCUCCAGCCACGAGACAACCAAUUGCCGCAGCAAAACGUAAGACAGACUACUUUCCUGUAAACAAGUUUGAUGUGGACACACUGAAAGCUCUGCUUAGGUCAGAGAUGUACGAACAACCCAGCUCGAGGUCAACUUCAUACACAAGGCACAUCUCUGAUCUUCAGCAUGACUGGGAUUCCUCAAACUUGUUUGGCACGGACAAACGAAAACGCCAGGAAACUGGGGACGACUCAUACUUCCUUGACGCGCAGGGGGCUGAAGAUUCUCCUGGAGGAUUGCCCACCAUCAAUGACCGCAGAUGAAUUCGGCAGAGAUGGGAAAAGGUUCUGACAGUUAUCGAUCCUGGUGGGGUGUACGAGGAGCGAGGAUAUACAACGUAAAUAUGAUUUCACUGAGAAUACACAGCAGUUGACAGACAAUUUAGCAAAGAUGUUGGCAAAAAGAAUAUAAUAUCGCAGUCGAAAUGUUUUCUUCAUUUGGAGUUCAUAAUAAAGCUUGUGAGACGAGAUGCUUAA